AUGAAAAUUCCUCGGGCAUCUCAACUACUUGAAGGGCAAUCUUCGUUGGUGCGCUCAUCCAGUUUGACAGAUCAUUUUUAUGGAGAUUUUCUCUGUCCAAAUGAACACACAUUGUAAGUUCAUUAGACAUCUAUAAGACAACGAUUUUAUUUAGCGUGUAAAGGUACUGUGUGUCAACUAAAAAAACAAAUGACAAUGACUGAUUUAGCUGAUUUUGUAACAAACUAUCAUAUUUUAUACAUAACAUAUUCUCACUAGUGGGAGGGAAAUAACUGGACAGAGUUCAAAAGUUAAAAGGAAGGUGUUGAUUAUCUGCUCGAAGAGCUUUUUUUAAGUGAAAAAAUGGACACGCAUACACUCAAAAAUAUUCUACGAUUUGAAUUACGAAGUCUUAUGUGGUCAUCUCAAAUCCCUUGUUUAUACUGAUUAUCACUGAUUUUACACAAACGAAAAUCAUUAACCAAUAUAUACACGUUAUUAUGCUGGAGAGAGUCAACCGCAAUUUUUGAAUAUGGAUUUUACAGCAUUUUUACAAUGGGUGGUGCCAAAUGCCUGAUAUCAUAAAUCUUAAAUCCACAUAAAAAAAAUUUUUCUUCAUAUACUAUCACGAGAAAAAAAAUUAAAUCUACGUACUUAGUGAAAAAGCUUAUGAUUUUAAAAAGAUAUUUUUAUUAUUAUUUAUAUUAUUUUAUUUUUAUUUUUUUUAUCUGUACACUUUUUCUACCAGAAGACUAGCUCGGAUUUCUAAGUGUAGCAAUGUUUCUGAAAGGACAUUUCACUUGGGAGGUACUUUAAAGAGGUUUUUUUUUUCGAUUUUCUCAGGAGUUUUUCUAGCAAAUGUGAAAAACCAGGAUAAACAUAGGAAAAUCGGUACAAUAUUAAACAAAUAUUAUUAAUGAAAAUAGAGCCUACUUUAAUAUAGCUUAUUCAUUGUUGACAAAGCAUUACUAUCAACUGAGCUCCGCUCAGAAUUGUUUUUUCGUAAGCAAUGGUUUAUCGUUGCUUACAGAUAAACAUUAAAUUCCCGUCUGUAUCCUAUCUUCUCAACUUUCCACCUACACCAGUGGUCGCACCCGUCACCAUUAUCUCACCUUUUUUUUUCACCAUUAUCUCACCUUUUUUUUAUUGGAAAUAAGCUGUAGGCAGGUAUAGUUAUACUUAUUUCAUGAUAAUGACGAGACCCUGGUCGUGUAUGUAUGUUGGAGAGCAUUGUACUCGGACGUGGGUUAAAUGCAGGUAUUAUAAUUUAUAGGUAUGUGAUUAAAAAACAAAUUAUAUUAUUUGAUUGAGAUUCGUAUGUCGAACGAUUAUACUCAUGAAUAGAAACAAAAAGAAGCUCAAUAAUAACAUAGGCACUUAAUAAUAUUAUUAUGUAUAAUAGAAAGUGGGUGUUGCCGUUUUGGUUCGCUAGCCCGCAGAGUUAUAUUAUUACCUUGUGUGUAAGAACGUCGUAUAGUAAUUAAAAUGUAAUUACUAAUUACAGUAAGCAAAUGUUUUAUAUGUUAACACUGUGACCGCACGGGAAAUUAGGAUACCUAGGUAUUUGUACAUUCUUAGAUACGUGUAACGAAAUUUGGAAAAAAAUUAUUACGAUAUAUUAUUUAAUUAGUAUAAAUAGUAACUCGCAAUUUAAAUCUAAAAGCACUCGAUACUUUUUAAAAUUGGUAGGUAUUUGUAGGUAUGAGUCGUUCACUUAAUACGCGUAAUGCUAUUGAUUUUUAUUUAUUUAUUUUUUCAAAAUUCAUUUUUUUACUUUUUCUAUAGCUUUUACACACAAAAAAUUUCGGAUCUGCCUUAAUUUUUAGAAGAGGGGGAAGAGUCCCUGCAAGUGACAUCUAGUUGUACCUCUGAUGAGUAGAUACGCAUUGACGUUAAAAAAUAUUCGUAACGAGCAGGCCUGUUUUCGUCUGUUCUCGUUUGGAACGGUUUUACAAUUAUAAUAUUACAACCGCAUACACGCAUAGAUGCGCCCGGACAUAAUUUAAAAUAUGAUAAUAAUCAUUAUAGUUUGGCAAAUAAUUAUUACGUAGGUAUCUACAAUAUUUUAUUUUUAUUUUCGCAUGGCCGAUACUUUACAUUACAAUAAAAUUGUUACAAGAACUGAACCGUAGUCGUUGUUGCCGCGCGUAGGUUAAUCGAUAUGGAAUAGUUCAAGCGAAAGGUUAUCAUCCGAACCUAAAAUAAUAAUACUAAGUCGGUACUAAUAGAUACUUAAUAAUUUGAAUUGCGGUCAUUAAUAAUAAUUAAUGGACCGAUAAACAUCACCUGUAUAAUUAUGAUUAACGGUAAUAAAAUUAUAUCAUCAUUAUUGCAAACGAGUGUUUGUAUAAAAUGUAUAAAAGCAAUGUGCUCAAAUGACGAGUAUAGCUUUUUUUUUUUUGAAAAGGACUUUCAAGUGCAGUAAUUGAACGAUAGUAAACAAAAUGAUAAAUCGAUAUGCCCCCACUGUUUAUAUUAUUACUUUUCUAACGCGCCAAGUGAAUUUUUUCGGUAAAUUUGAUUUGAAACAAAUUUUACGUACCUAGAUAAGUACAGACUUGCGAAUUUGUUUACCGCAAUAUUAUACUUAUCAGUUAUCUACAAUAAACGAUCGACAUUAAUCCACACUUUCUCGUACAAACGGAUUCAUCAUUUUUACUCUGAAUUUACGUCAGCGACCCACAAAAUCUCCUACAAAACAAACCCCCUCAAAGCCUCGACAAUAAAUUAAUUCGCCACAGUGGUUUUUGUGGUACAGAAACGGGGAAAUCUUCGGCCGUUAUAUCAAAACAUUGACCGAUUUAUUAUCUUCGAUCAGCUGCUACGAAUCGCCCCCGAGACGAUAACGAUUAUUUAUGCUUUUUUUUUAUUAUAGAACCUAUUUUUAUUUUAUUUCUACAUAAUGAUAUUUUCCUAUCUUUAUCCUAAAUCAUGUUCGCUACAGGUACUGCGCGUAAAUAAGUUACCGAUCGUCUCUAAUCGUCGCGUUGUAGAAUGUCCCGUCAAGGCCGCAUACAAUAAUUAUAAUGUAAAGAUGGGGGUAAGUAUAGUGUUGUUUUUAAGUCGUUUAUGUCUUGUGAAACGACCGUUUUUUGACGAUUCAAUGCUACAAAAGUAUGUACCCGAAUAAUUUAUCUUUUUAUGUCUAGCUCAGUGAGUACAAUCAUCACCAAGUUGAUCACGGACCAGGAAUGCUUGAUGGUGUCCAGACAGUAUAAGAAGUAA